AUGCGAGACCUAAGUCCCACCACCAGGAGGGGGGCUCGUGACCGGACAAUGGACCCGAAAGCCUCGAGAUCGGGGUCGAAGCUGCCCCGCUUGCUCUGGCGUGGCUUCGUCCUCAGCUACGGUCUGCUGGUCGGCCUCGUCUGGGUGCUCUCGGCCGUCCGCGACGGCCUCUUGUUCCAGCGUCGGAGCAGGAGAGUCAGCGACAAGGAGCUGGCUGGAGCCCGCGACCGCCUCUGGGACCUCUCGAAAGCCCCCAUCCCCAGCUUCACGCACGCCUUCUUCACCACGGUCGACGAGAACCCCGUCACCCUGCACUACGUCGCCUCGGCCUGGGAUGCCGGCCCGCGGCCGAACCUGGUCGUCUUCCUGCACGGCUUCCCGGACAGCUGGGCGCUGUGGAGGGACUACCUGUCGCAGAAGCGCAACGUCGACCGGGACACGGUGUACGUGGCGCUCGACCUGCCCGGCUUCGGCGGCAGCGACAGCCUGCCCGAGUACAGCGCGUACAAUGUGCUGGAGGCGGUGGCGGGCUUCGUGCUGGGCAUGCGGGAGAAGUACGGCGUGGACGGCAGCGGCGAGGAAGGGGGCGCCGUUGGCGGAGCGCUUGAUGAGAGGGGCCAGGUUGUGCUUGUGAGCCACGAUUGGGGUGGCGCUGUGGCCGGCAGGCUGGCCAGCGAGGCGCCGCAGUUGGCCGAUCACUUCGUUAUUAUGAGUAUUGUGUUGCCCAGACUUUGGAUGGCCAAUGCUCAAGCACACAUCUCCUCCGCCCGCCGCAUGUGCCACACGUGGUUACAACAGCCGCUGAACUUCCGCCCCCUCCGUAACUCUUGGAGAACGCUUCGACCGUUGCUCACACAGCUCAGCAAAUCUCAUUACAUAUUUGCUUUCGUUCUCCCUGACAUCUUGGCCAAAGUGCUGGGUUCGUUCACUGGCACCUGGUUCCUCAAAAAGGUUCACCGCGUGGCCAUGCCAAAAGCAGCCAUCAAUGGCAGCGACAGCAACUAUAGAAGAGAAGCUGCCGAAGCCCUUGCCAGCUCCCUCGGCCCGAGCAUCUCCCAAUGCAAGACCAACAUAAACCAACAACAUCUCCCCGCCCUCCCAGAAAAGCAAGCCGUCAACGACAUCUCGACGCCGAUGACCUACCCUCCGUCCGUCCACGCCCGCGCCGCGUCCUCCAGCCACGCCUGGUUCCAAAAGACGCGCUACUACCGCGACGGCCUCAUCCUGGGCGACUGGUCCAAGAGCCUGCAGACGAUCCUCCUGCUCUCCGUCCUCGACAGCUCCAACUCGACCCUCGUCGGCUCCUCGACCGGCAACUCCCCCACCAGCAGCAAAUUCGCCUCCUUCUCCAGCCCUCCACCCUCUUCCGACCAACACGGCGACGACAGCGGCCUCAGCGCGCGCCACCGCCGCCGCCGCUCCAGCAUCGCCGGCGGCGGCCUCUACGGCACAUACGGCCCCGCCACCACCACCAACAACAACAACAACAACAACCACCCCUCCGCCGGCGUCGUCGGCGGCGACCAACAACAGCAACGCCGCCGCUCCAGCCUCAGCGUCGGCGCCUCCCUCUUCGACAGCGCGGGCAGCGGGCCCCGCGGCGCGCUGCGCGCCCCCGCCACCGUCGUCGCGGGCGGCGACGACGUCGCGUUCGACUGGCGGCUCGCGCUCGAGGGCGUCGGCGACCACCUCGGCAUCAAGGGCGGCGCCGUCGUCGUGUGCGAGGGCGCGGGCCACUGGCUCGUGCGGGAGCGCGUGGGGAUGGAGGUGGUAAGGAGGGUCGUGGGGAGCGUGACGGGGGCGGAGGUGGAGGUGGGGGUGGAUGAGGAGGAGGAAGGGGAUGAGAAGGAGGGGAGGGGGGGGAGUGUGGUCGUUGUUGAUGGGAAGGGGGGUGGUGGUGGUGGUGGAGGUGGUGGUGGGGUGAGGCAGUUGUUGAAGGGGGUGGAGGGCGUCAAGGUGACGGUGGAGCGGUAG